AUGGAAUUAUUAAAUAAUGAGGAACGAGAAUUGUUGGCCAAAUACAAUAGAUAUUUGACAAAUGACAAAAUAUAAGAACCACUGAAAUACUCAGACAUCUUUAUAGGGAAACAUGAUUUAAAGGAAAUUCCUUAACAGACCAAAGAAAAAUAAAUUCAAAAUUCAAAAUUACAUAUUAAAAGUUCCUCUGCCAAUAAGCGUGAUUAAUUUAAAAGUAUUAUUAAUGAAUUGAACAAUGUAUAUGAUAUCUUUCAUUCUUAGGUUCAAAAUAGAAAAUUAGAUAAUAUUUUUAAGAGCAAUUCUGUUUGUGAAGAUACUUAGAGAGAGAAACAAAUUAGUUAAUCUGAAUAAUAGAUUAUCAAUUAAAACCCAUAAUAAAAUACCAAUAAGAAUUCAGAUAAACCAAAAAAAUAAACAAAAUUAUAAAAAUCAUUGCCUAAAAAUUAAAUAUAAAAGAAAUAAGAUAAGAAACAAAAAUAAGAUACUCAAGUAUCAAGUUAAUAAUCUACUAUUGAAAUUUAAUAAUAAUUUAAUGAGUAUGAUAAUUAUACUUAAAUUUUAGGAAAUUAUUAUAAUAACUAAAUAAAUUGAGCUAGUUGAAGAAGAUAGAUAAUAAAUUUUUUAUCAAUUUAAUUUCUAAACAUGUUAAUGAAUGCCCUUCAUUUGGCAAAAGAAUAAAAGAAGAAAUAAAGGAAAUAUUAAAUUAAUUAUUAUGA